CACUAUCGAUACCGCUCAAGUUUGAGACCGGUUGAUCAAAAUGUCGUCGGAGCAGUUUUAUUUAGACUUUUCAGACAAGAAUGCUAAAAAUAAUGUAUCUCAACACGAGGAUUAUUUAGAGGCUCUACUUUAUGAGCAGGCUAGAAGUAAACAAUUUUUGGUGAAUCAAAAUAAUGCUGCAAGAGCUCGCUUAGGAUUGUUGCGGCAAGACGUUCAGGAUCGAGAAAAAGAAAUUGCCAGAAGAAGAUUGGCAAAUUGUAGUUCUACUACUACAAUAAGUCAAGACGCUCUCAAUAAAAUUUAUCAAGAGAAGAGAGACUUAAUGUUGCGAAUUCAGUUAAUAACUCGUGAAAUUGAUACUUGUGGUCAUCAAGAUGCACAGAAACCCCUGUAUGAGUGUCGACCUCCACUACCACAGACUCGUGGUGAUUCAAAUAUACUUGCAGGCUUUGCUCCAAAUCGAUUUGGAGGGGUUUGUCGCCCACCAGGCACUCCGCCACCUCAGCAUUUAUUAAACAGAUCAAAUGUGUUAGAUACGCGGACCGACCGAUGGGGAUGUGAAUAUUGUACUUUUUUGAAUGAACCUAGUGCUCGAAACUGUGAACAGUGUAAUAUGCCUAAGGGGAGCAAGCCCACUAAACAACGGAGUUCUUAA